AUGAAAAAGGGGCAAAAUAGCAUUUUAAGCGCAAAAGACAAUUUGGUAACGGGAGCCCUAUCGGGCGUUGCCGUGGACGCCGUGUUGUACCCCAUUGACAGCAUAAAAACGAAUGCCCAGGCAAAAAAGUCCUUCUCAUUUUCUGACAUAAGGAAAUUGUAUAGUGGGAUUUUGCCAACUUUAGUUGGCACAGUUCCAGCUAGCGCUUUCUUUUACUGUUUUUAUGAAUUAUCCAAAAAGUUACUGACAGAAAAUAGAGAAAAUAUCAGCAAGACGAAUUUGUACCUAAUUUCAACAAGCGUGGCGGAGGUUACAGCGUGUGCCGUGAGGCUGCCAUUCGAAAUAGUGAAGCAGAAAAUGCAGGUGUCUGGAAGUAACUCCGUGAUAAGCACGAUCUACGAUGUCACGCAACGGGAAGGCCUGAUGUCGUUUUUGAGAAAAAGCUAUUUCGUUAUGAUCGUGCGCGAAAUUCCCUUUGACUGCAUUCAGUACUUCCUGUGGGAGACCUUUAAGGAAAAGGCCAAGAGAGACUAUGGCAAAUUUUCCAAGAAGUACCCCUCCAUAACGUCUGCCAUAUGCGGCGGACUUGCAGGCGGAAUCGCCGGGUUUUUAACUACCCCCAUGGACGUGAUAAAGUCUAGGCAAAUUAUAUACGGAAAAUCCUACAUAGAAACCGUCACAGAAAUAGCCGAAGAAGGAUAUAUGACAUUCUACAAGGGAUGCUGCUUUCGUUCGCUCUAUUUAUUUUUCGGGGGGCUCAUCUUUUUUGGGUCCCUUAGAUUUUUCUCCUUUAAAAAGGAAUAA